AUGGCGGUUGGGGCAUCGAGAAAUAUCACAGGUCAUCAUAGACGACGCAGUUCGGUUCUGACGGCGGCAGGUUCGUCUCAGCUUCAUCCAGUGUCGACGGACAACUACAUAGACCGAGAGGGUCGUCUGAGUCCCAAGGAAGAUGGACCAAAAGGCGAAGAGCAACAAGCUCUCAUCCAUGGAGACACUGAUUCGUCGGAUUUGUCAUCCAUUGCAGAAUCAGAUGAGGAUGACUCUGACGACGGAAUUCACGAUGACGAGGAAACUGGAUUAACUGCGAAACAGAGGAAUGAGCGGCGGCGACGGCGCAAGCGACAGCGUCGACGAUUGGAUGCAAAGAUUGCUGGAGUUAAAGGUAAAACGAGCAAUGUGGUCGCGGACAAGAAUGUAGCGACGGCGCUUGCGAUCAAUUGUUGUCUAAUAGGCUUAUGGUAUUUAUUCUCAUUAUCAAUCUCUAUUUAUAACAAGUGGAUGUUCUCAGAAGAUGACGUCGUCUUUCCAUUUCCGCUCUUCACGACCAGUUUACAUAUGCUUGUUCAACUCUUACUCGCCGGCCUAAUACUCUACUUCGUACCAUCUCUUCGUCCCAAACACCCGCCUAGUUCCUCUUCCAAAUCCGAACCGAUCAUGACAAAAUCUUUCUAUCUCACCCGCCUAGUGCCAUGUGGCACCGCUACUUCGUUGGAUAUCGGACUGGGCAACAUGUCCUUGAAAUAUAUCUCGCUCACAUUUCUUACCAUGUGCAAGUCGUCAGCACUUGCUUUCGUGCUCAUUUUCGCAUUUAUUUUUCGCCUAGAGACCCCCUCAGUGAAGCUCAUUGUCGUUAUCGCCGCCAUGACCCUUGGUGUUGUCAUGAUGGUAGCUGGUGAAACUGCUUUUGAUGCUCGCGGCUUCACUCUGGUUAUUGCUUCAGCGUUCUUCUCAGGCUUUCGAUGGGGCCUUACUCAAAUUCUCCUGCUACGACAUCCGGCAACCUCCAAUCCGUUUUCGACAAUGCUUUUUCUCACUCCAGUGAUGUUUAUCGCAUUGAUUGCGAUUGCACUCGGCAUUGAGGGACCAAAUGAAAUUAUUGCCGGUGUCAAAGCAUUAGCAGAAGCGCGCGGGCAAUUCACUGGAAUUGCGCUUUUGAUUUUCCCUGGAAUUCUAGCAUUUUGCAUGAUAGCCUCGGAAUUCGCUCUCUUGAAACGUUCCUCUGUGGUUACUCUAAGCAUAUGCGGAAUCUUCAAAGAAGUUGUCACUAUCAGUGCUGCAGGUGUCAUCUUCCAUGAUAAAUUGACACCAGUCAAUGUCUCUGGUCUCUUCGUCACGAUUACUAGUAUUGCAGCGUACAACUACAUGAAGAUCAGCAAAAUGCGACGUGAUGCACGGCAGGAGCUAGAGCGAAAGACGGAUGUUGAAGACUAUAGCGUGUCUCCCGCUUUAGGAGACUCGACCGAUGAGCGUAUCCCAAUGAGCCAAGCACCGAAUCAUGAAACAUUCAAUAACCACCACACCGCCAGCAAUUGGAACACCUAUGAAGCUGAUAUCGAUGACCAAAGCGCAUCUAGCAGCGGAGAAGGCGAUGAAAAUGUGAAUAUCACACCACGAAAUGAUGUUCGUCGUGGCCGCUAUUCAUUCCCUGUAAAGGUUAGCGGAACAUAUACAGCUCCUGGAACCGGACAGCCACUACAAUCUGUCCCUCACACGCCCAUGAAUAUACCCGACUCUGCAUAA